AUUUCUAACGAGCUCGCAGGAGGUGCGAGCUGCCCAGGCGCGGACCACAAAUGCACGGGACCCUUGAGGUCUUGGCUCCAGGCCAAUCAGCCGUCAGGGCUCCUGACAAAUAGCCCCGCUCGGCUGAUGAGCAGAAUUGCCAGGACAUGCGCGUUCUGGCCGAGGGGGGGUAAUUUCCGAACUCCGGGAAUUCGUCGUGUGAAGUAGGCCAGUCGUAGGGACGUGCCGGGAGCCCCAACCUCACGCCAUGUCGCGGCGCAAGCAGGCCAAGCCCCAGCACCUCAACUCCGAGGAGCCGCAGCCUUCGCGUCAGGAGUUCGCGGAGGUGGCCCGGCAAGUGGCCGGGGACCUGGCUUCAGAACUAGAUAGUGAUGUUCCAAAACCAGCUUGCCUUUCCACUGAAAGCAGUGACAUCCAGAAGGGCCCUGUCGUUGCUGCUCCCUCAGAGUCAAGGGAACAAACGGCUACUCUUGGAGAGAGGACAUUCAACUGUUGCUACCCAGGUUGCCACUUCAAAACUGUUCAUGGCAUGAAAGAUUUGGGCCGCCAUCUAAGAAUCCACACAGGAGACAAACCACACAAGUGUGAGUUCUGCGACAAGUGCUUCAGCCGGAAGGACAACCUGACCAUGCAUAUGCGGUGCCACACCAGCGUGAAGCCACACAAGUGUCACCUGUGUGACUAUGCUGCCGUGGACAGCAGCAGCCUCAAGAAGCACCUGCGGAUACAUUCUGAUGAACGGCCAUACAAAUGCCAGCUCUGCCCCUAUGCCAGCCGUAACUCCAGCCAGCUCACCGUCCACCUCCGAUCUCACACAGGGGACACCCCCUUCCAGUGCUGGCUCUGUAGCGCCAAGUUCAAAAUCAGCUCAGACUUGAAAAGGCACAUGAUCGUGCAUUCGGGGGAGAAGCCUUUCAAGUGUGAGUUCUGCGAUGUGCGCUGCACCAUGAAGGCCAACCUCAAGUCACACAUCCGCAUCAAGCACACCUUCAAGUGUCUGCACUGUGCCUUCCAGGGCCAGGACCGGGCCGACCUCCUAGAGCACAGCCGGCUGCAUCAGGCUGACCACCCCGAGAAGUGUCCCGAGUGCAGCUACUCCUGCUCCAGUGCGGCUGCCCUGCGUGUGCACAGUCGGGUCCACUGCAAGGACCGUCCCUUCAAGUGCGACUUCUGCAGCUUUGACACGAAGCGGCCCAGCAGCCUAGCCAAGCACAUUGACAAGGUGCACAGGGACGAGGCCAAGACAGAGAACCAGGCCCCACCGGGCAAGGAAGGGCCCAGCUCCCAGCACGUGGCCAAGAUAGUGACCCAGAGGGCCUUCCGCUGUGAGACCUGUGGGGCCUCCUUCGUCAGGGACGACUCUCUGAGAUGCCAUAAGAAGCAGCACAGUGACCAAAUUGAGCACAAGAAUUCGGACUUGGUCACCUUCCCUCCCGAAAGCAGUGCCUCGGGGCAGCUCGGUCCCCUGGUCUCUGCUGGGCAGCUCGAGGAUCCCCUGGAACCCAACCAAGACCUCUAGCUCUACCAGGAAGGGUUGCCAGCUGUCAGGAGCUCAGGCAAGUGCUGUCGCCCAGCCCUCCAAGGUGAGGCUGUCAAACUGGAUUCUGGGCACUGGUUCCAGGGCUGGCUGCUCCAACCCUGCAGGCCUCCAGAGGCACCGGCUGACACAGCCAGGGCAUGAGGACAGACGCCAGAGCAAUGCAGUGGAGACACUUCUCCAUGUUGCUAUCUUCCCUGCAAGAAAUAUCUAAGCAAUUGACUUGGUUGCUCAAAGGUGAGGUCCGCUAAGCGCUGCCCUAUCCAGUGCAGACAGCCACUUCUCAGUGGAUUCCAAUUUUAAAACUGAUCCAUCACUGAUGGAAUGAUUAAACUACUUAGACGACAUAG